AUGUCCAAACCACCACAUCCCUGGUGGAAAUCUGCAAUAGUCUAUCAGAUCUAUCCAUCAUCAUUCCUUGACGCGAAUGGUGAUGGGACUGGCGAUCUCGCAGGCAUCAUCGCCAAACUCGACUAUCUCAAGGAUCUUGGUGUGGACGUUCUAUGGCUUAGCCCGAUCUAUCGUAGCCCAUUGGCCGAUAUGGGCUAUGACAUCUCGGAUUAUGAGGAUAUCGAUUCGCGCUAUGGCACGCUUGAAGACUGGGACCGCCUUCUCGAGGGCGCGCACGCACGGGGAAUGAAGCUCAUUGUCAACCCGGGUCUUUUUGACAGGAUGGAUCUGGUGCUUACCUUAUGGUUCCUGUUUCUACCAAUUACUUACAAUGAUCGCCAGCACGCCUGGUUCACUGCUUCAAAAUCAAGCAAAAACGACCCAAAGCGCGAUUGGUACAUCUGGCGUCCUGGUAAAGUUGUUGAUGGGGAAGAACUUCCGCCAAACAACUGGAAGAGCGUGUUUCAGGGUUCCGCCUGGGAACGCGACUCCGCAACUGGGGAGUACUAUCUCCACCUGUUCGUAUCUAAGCAGCCAGACCUGAACUGGGACAACCCUGUUGUGCGUUCCGCCGUUUGGGACGUCAUGCGAUUCUGGGUGCGCAGAGGAUGUGACGGGUUCCGUAUGGACGUGAUCAAUUGCAUCUCGAAGACGGAUGAUCUCCCCGAUGCGCCUCUGGUAGACCACACGCAAUAUUACCAGCCUGCCACCAUGUACUACGUGAACGGUCCGCAGGUCCACAAAUACAUGAAACAAAUGCACACUGAGGUCCUCUCUCCCCACGACCUCAUCACGGUCGGCGAAACGCCCUUCACACAUGAGGCAUCCGAGCUCGCCGCGUAUGUCCUUCCGCAGAACCGCGAGCUCAACAUGGUCUUUCAAUUCGAGCUCAUGGACAUCGACUCUCCCUCCGAAUCCCCGCUCCUAAGGAAACCUUGGACGCUCAAGGAGCUCAAGGCAAUUGUUGGUCGCUGGCAGCAGUUCAUGCACGAUGAUGGGUUCUGGAAUGCGAUUUACAUUGAGAACCAUGACCAGGCGCGGUCGGUGUCGCGCUUUGGGAAUGACUCGGCGCAGUGGCGCGCAGUCUCCGCCAAGAUGCUCGCUAUCUUACAGAUCACGCAGGCGGGGACACUAUACGUGUACCAGGGGCAGGAACUUGGCCUCAAGAACUUCCCGCGGACAUGGGGGAUCGAGGAAUACAAUGACGUGGCGAGUCAGAAUUAUUGGAAUCUAAUUAAAGAGCAGAGACAGAAAGCGCAAGGGAAGGAAGAUGUUGAAAUGUCUGAUCUUCUCAACAGUUUCGCACAAAAGGCGCGCGAUCACGCAAGGACCCCGAUGCAGUGGAAUGCGAGUCCACAUGGAGGCUUCACGACCGGAACACCGUGGAUGCGCGUGAAUGACGAUUACCGAGAGUGGAACGCUGAACAACAGAUCGGCGAUGAAACCAGCGUGCACGCAUUCUGGAAGCGCGCGCUGAAGGUGCGGAAGGCGCACGAUACUCUUGUAAGUCGUUCGAGAUAUGUUCUCCUGCACGCAGUCGUUUUAACUCAACCUACACUACCACCUUUCAUUUCUAUCUGUAUUUCCGCAUCUACCCCUUCCAUUCCUUUGAUACUGACGCGUGCCCACGCCAAGAUCUACGGCGACUUCGUGAUGCUUCUUGAAACACAUGAACAGGUGUUCGCGUACACGCGGAACUAUGGGUCUACGUCUGCGUUGGUGUUGCUUAAUUUCAAGGAAGGGAAGGUCGAGGUUGACCUUGGGGAGGUCAUCGGAGGAGUAGCGGGGUACACGUUCAUCUUGAGUAACUACGAGAAUGAGGCGAUCGGACUUGAGGAAAAGGUUACUCCAAGCGACUAUGAGGGACGGGUGUAUGUCCGGGAGGCAUUGUCGAAUUGA